AUGUAUGGAAACCAAAUCGGUGACUCCAUUCCUCAACCAAUAGGAUUGCUCAGCUCUCUCAAUGAGCUCAGCUUGUCUACUAACAAUCUCACGAGUUCAAUCCCUUCUUCAAUUGGAAACUUGGGCAACUUAACCAUUUUGUACCUUUAUGACAACCAACUUUCUGGAUCAAUCCCUCAAGAAAUUGGGAUGCUGUGGUCUCUCAUUGAACUCGCACUCUCAAUGAACAAUCUCACUGGUUCAAUCCCUUCUUCAAUUGGAAACUUGGGCAACUUGGCCGCUCUGUACCUUUUUGAGAACCAAUUUUCCGGAUCAACCCCUCACGGAAUUGGGAUGCUGAGGUCUCUCGUUGAUCUCUAUCUCUCAAUGAACAACCUCAUGGGUUCAAUCCCUGUAUCUCUAGGAAACUUGACAAAGUUGAAUGCAUUAGACUUAAGUCUAAAUUCAUUAUCAGGCUCCAUUCCUUCAGAGAUAGGAAAUUUAAAACAACUCGGUUAUUUGUCAUUCAUUGAUAACCAACUCACUGGCUCUAUUCCUCCAAGAUUGAACAAUCUUACACAUUUGAAAUGGUUUCGGAUAGGUUACGACAAGCUCGUUGGUCAUUUACCAGAAAACCUAUGCUUUAGUGGAUUACUUACAGAAUUAGUUGCACCUGACAACAAUCUCACAGGUCCCAUCCCAAAAAGCUUGAAAAAUUGCUCUAGCUCAUACAAAGUUAGGCUUGACGGAAACCAACUUUCGGGAAAUAUAUCAGAAGAUUUUGGCAUAUACCCAAGCUUGGUUUACAUUGAUUUGAGUCAUAACAAUUUUUAUGGUGAGCUAUCUAAAAACUGGGGAAAAUGCCACAAUUUAACUGAUCUCAGAAUGUCUAACAAUAAAAUUUAUGGCAAUAUUCCUCCAGAAUUCAGUAAGUUUUCAAAUUUAGAGAACCUUAAUUUGGCAGCAAAUGAUCUAAGUGGCUCAAUCCCUAGAGCACUAGGAGAGUGCAAGAAACUUUGGAACUUGAAUUUGAGCAAUAAUAGAUUUGGGGAAAGGAUUCCUAUUGAAAUAGGCCAUAUCAACACUCUUCAAAGUCUUGAUCGUGGUAAUAACUUGCUAAUUGGUAAGAUACCAUAA